AUGUCCCAAGCAGAGCGGAUUCCGGCAUGGCGGUGGGAGGAGAACAAGGAGUAUAUUCGCACCUUGUACCUUGAUCAGAACAAAACGUUGGACGAGCUUGUUUACAAUAUGGUUCAGAACUACAAUUUCCUCGCCACGCGAGCUCAGUACAUAAGGCAGCUCGGCAAAUGGGAACUCAAGAAGAAUGCAACACAGGACGAUUGGAAAUGUGCCAAAGCUCUCAUUAGAAAGCGAAAAGUCGAAGGGAAAGAAACCGAAAUUAUGAUAAAUGGUAACGUUGUGGCGAUGAAAAAGCUAAAGAAGGAACUAGGGAGAUAUAGUUGGCAGCAGUCAUAUGGCCCCCCCAGUGAGUAG